AGGAAUUGUCACGUGAUGCGACAAAAUUAACAGCCACUCAAAUGGGAAUAAUUUUCAAGAUGGCUACCUAAUGUAACCCGGAGUGUUUAUUCAUGAAAAAAUCAGGGAAAGGUGUGUUAUUUCUGUAAAUAUGUCUAGUCAAAACACACGAACGACUAGAUAUAGUACUAGGAAUACAAAAAAUCGUUCCAACGUGAAACAGUCAUCAACAAGAAGGAAUAACGAAGAAGGAGGCAGAGACAGAUCGAACAGUAAUAGCAGUGGCGAGGAAAAUGACAUUAAACCUGGAAGAAUCAGAUAUAACCUCAGAAAAAGAAGUUUGGACUCAUCAGAAAAUGGUGAAGCUGGAGACCAGAAAGACGCACAGAUGUCUAAACGAAGAAAAUCAUCUUCUCGUUCUGUAGCUCCAUAUUUGAAAGGAAAUGCAGUUGGAGCUCGAUACAUUCAAGAGGAAUUACCCGAUGAAGUUCUUUUGAAGAUUUUGAGUUAUCUGUUGGAGUUUGACCUUUGUCGAGUAGCUUGUGUUUGUAAGAGAUUUAGAACUAUUGCUAAUGAUACAGAAUUAUGGAAAAAAUUGUAUCAAGAGGUAUUUGAGUAUGACUUCCCACUGCUUCACCCAGAACCAAGGGUAUUUAAGUUUCUACAUCCACAAGUUUACUGUGACUAUGAUAAUCCAUGGAAAGAAAGCUUCAGACAGUUGUGUAAAGGUAUACAUGUGAGACCUGGGUUCAGAGAUCUGUAUCACAGAAAAUACAGAAAGUUAAAAGGCAGAGAUAUGAAGUGCUUUGAAACGAUUGAGUUUGCAUAUGACUGGGUUGUAACAGAAGAGUUGGAAAACCAGAUAAUCUUUGUCCAUUCAGGAAUAUAUCAUAGAGAAUAUCUCUUUAUUGACACCAAUGUGGCUAUAAUAGGUGCUGCUUCUGGUAAUGUGAUUGACCAUGUGAUCAUUGAAAGAGAAAGUGAAUCUACAGUAAUGUUUGUAGAAGGUGCUAAAGAUGCUUACUUAGGCUAUGUAACAUUAAGAUUUUCCCCUGAUAUUACAUCGUCUGUACCACAUCACAAACAUUAUGCUUUAGAAGUAACAGACCAUUGUUCUCCAGUUAUAGACAGCUGUAGGAUUAAAAGUACUUCUGUUGUGGGUGCUGCUGUAUGUGUAUCUGGAACAGGUGCUGACCCCUUUAUAAAACAUUGCAAGAUAAAAGACUGUGAAAAUGUGGGACUUUAUGUGACAGAUUAUGCACAGGGUACAUACGAGGACAAUGAAAUCAGUGGGAAUGCCUUGGCCGGUAUAUGGGUAAAGAACCAUGCUAACCCUAUUAUGAGACGCAAUCACAUCCAUCAUGGUAGAGAUGUAGGAAUAUUUACCUUUGACAAUGGCUUGGGAUAUUUUGAAUCUAAUGAUAUCCACAAUAACAGAAUAGCAGGAUUUGAAGUAAAAGCUGGUGCUAAUCCUACUGUUGUUAGGUGUGAGAUACACCACGGUCAGACAGGGGGUGUUUAUGUCCAUGAAAAUGGACGUGGGCAGUUUAUAGAAAACAAAAUCCACUCUAAUAACUUUGCUGGUGUGUGGAUAACAUCAAACAGUGAUCCCACUAUCAGGAAAAAUGAUAUUUAUAAUGGCCAUCAAGGAGGAGUGUAUAUAUUUGGAGAAGGAAGAGGGCUGAUAGAACACAAUAACAUUUAUGGUAAUGCAUUAGCAGGGAUCCAGAUCAGAACAAACAGUCAUCCUAUCGUCAGACAUAAUAAAAUUCAUCAUGGUCAACAUGGCGGUAUAUAUGUUCAUGAAAAGGGACAAGGUCUAAUUGAAGAGAAUGAAGUAUAUGCCAAUACUUUAGCAGGAGUAUGGAUUACGACGGGCAGUACUCCGGUACUACGCAGAAAUAGGAUACAUAGUGGAAAACAGGUUGGGGUGUAUUUUUAUGACAAUGGACAUGGAGUGCUUGAGAACAAUGAUAUCUUCAAUCAUUUAUAUUCAGGUGUUCAGAUAAGAACAGGAAGUAACCCUAUCAUUAGGAAAAACAAGAUCUGGGGAGGACAGAAUGGUGGUAUACUUGUCUACAAUAGUGGACUAGGUCUGAUAGAAAACAAUGAAAUCUUUGACAAUGCAAUGGCUGGAGUCUGGAUCAAAACAGACAGCAAUCCAAUUUUACGUCAAAAUAAGAUAUAUGAUGGCAGAGACGGUGGAAUCUGUAUUUUUAAUGGAGGAAAAGGGAUUCUAGAAGAAAAUGAUAUUUUUCGUAAUGCACAAGCAGGAGUAUUAAUAAGUACAAAUAGUCAUCCAUCAUUACGAAGAAAUCGAAUAUUUGAUGGAAAUGCUGCCGGUAUAGAAAUAACAAACAAUGCUACAGCAACGUUAGAAGGAAAUAAAAUAUUUAACAAUAAAUUUGGAGGACUCUGUCUAGCUAGUGGUGUCCAUCCAAAACAAAAAGAUAACAUUAUCACAGGCAAUCACAACAUGGUACACAGGGCUGUAUCUACUGGACAGUGCUUAUAUAAAAUAUCCAGUUACACAAGUUUUCCAAUGCAUGACUUCUAUAGAUGUCGGACUUGCAAUACAACAGAGAGGAACGCAAUAUGUGUGAACUGUAUAAAAACUUGUCAUGCCAGUCAUGAUGUAGAGUUUAUUCGACAUGAUCGAUUUUUUUGUGACUGUGGAGCAGGGACUCUUAACAAUCAAUGUCAGUUACAAGGUGAACCAACGCAAGAUACAGACACAUUAUAUGACUCUGCUGCACCUAUGGAAACCCACACGUUACGAGUUAAUUGAUGUGUUUUCAUUUCCUGUAAUAACUCGCCUACAUUUUGUUUUAUUUAGCAACAAAUAUGGAAAGAGAACAUCAUCACUUGAAAAGAUUUUAUUUAUGAAACAUUAUUUUUUUUUAUUCAAAGUGACAUGAGCAAGGAUAAAUGUUGCUCAGGCAGGAUAUCCACAAGAUGCUAAAUAUAAUAUAUCUGGUGCCAAAUUUGGAAAUGCAAUAUUUAGUUUUCAUCGAAAUGGGAAAAAACCAUGUGCAUGCUUUAUAUAAUUGCAAAAAGAUAUUUUAACAUUUUAUCUUUUACACAGAAAUGCAAAGUAAUUUUAUUUUCUAUGGAAAUUUAUGGAAAUAUGGGCUAAUGUCCUAAAUAUAAAGUGUACUGUGAUGAAAGUAAUGUCAAUAAAAAAGUGAUAAACUUCAUUUGACAGUUUAAAUGUAUGUGUAAUGCAUUAGCACUGGUGUGCCUAACUGAAAGUAAAGGAGUCUGUAUUACAGAGUUGUGGAUAAUGGCUAUUUCCAUAAAAAAAAAAACCACUGCUGAAUUACCAAAAAAGUGCUUUUUGUGAUGAUUCUAUUUUUGUGAUUUUUGUAUAACUAUUCCACACUUUGUAGAUUUUGAUAUAAAAAGUAUAUUCUUUUUGUGGUUCACAAUAGUAGCUGAUAUACAUAGUAGUUAAAUUUCUCAGCAAUUUCUUUUUAGGGGGAAAGUUUAUUAACAUUUUAAAUAAAGAUUUCUGCUAUAUUUGAUAGGCUAACUCAUAGUUUUUGGUUUUGGUUAAUUGAUGGGUAUACCAGCCAUUUAUAACCAGGUUUAAACUUAUGUCUUAAUAGUAAACAAUAAUCAAUAAAAAACAGGUGUUGUUUUAAAUUUUAGCUUUUAAAGCAUAAUAAAGUAUCCACGGUACUAGAAACUAGCAUUUUAAUGAUUUAGAAACAGAAAUGGCUAUUUUAUAGAAGUAUAUUUUACUUUGUAUUUAAAACAUUGACAACAGCAUUGAAAAGAAAUAUUAAUUUUACUUCUAAGUUUAUAAAUGUAUAUGUAAGAUGCAAAAGGUAUAAAUGUCUGGGUGAUGAUGUUGUAUUUAGGUCAGUAUGGUUAAGCACCAAAGUUUUUAUAUGCACUGCUGUUAUGAUAGAUCUGUACUAUUACUGUGUUCAUUGUUGGGUAUACUGUAAUGGAGUUUAAUUGUUUGUUGUGUAUAUGUUCAUUAUUGCCAUCAUUAGUUUGUAUGUUAUUUUUCACAUGUUUACUAAGAUACUAUAUGAUUUCCACAUUUAUGCAUGUUCCCGUACAUUUCCGAUAUCACAAUGUAUAUGUUAUUACGUCAUAGUAAGAGUCAAUUGUUCAAUGAUGUCAUUACGCCUAUUGACAUCAGUUCAACUGAUGUGACUCAUUCCUGAAAAGGAAAUCAAAACUGGUCUUUUGUUCAUCAGCAAUAUUUGUUGCUAAAUUCACUUUUGUUGUCUAUAAAUAGAAAAAUUGAUAAAAGAAGGUCGAGAACAGGUUUCUCUGAUAUUAGCUAUAUUUUCAUUAAAAUGAAUUUUCCUAAUCUAAUGGUCCAUGGCUAAAAUUGAAAAUAGGAAAUUUCUGAAUAAUUAACACUGAAUUUCUAUGUACUGUUAGGCCAUGCGGUGUUUUUUUUCUGAACAUUUUCAAGUUUCUGAUGUUAACAUUUGCAAGUGUGUUCCCAAUAAGGCAUUUUUUAAUAAUUUGUUUUUCUGACAGGAAAAACUUGUGCAAAACUUUGCACAUUUGUAUAUUUUAUUUUUAUGUGUUUCAACUGAAAUACUGAAUUCUAGGCAAAAUAUCUGUAUUAAUUUUAUACAGUAUAAACAGCUAGACACAUUAUAAUAUAAAAUAUAGUAAAAUGAUCUAAACUUUUGAUUUGUUGUUUCCUCACUAUUUUAAACUUUGAAUUCAACUGUUGCAUGAAUAAUGACAGUUAAAGACCAAAUAUUGUGAAAUAGUAUGACUUUGUGUGUAAGAAAGACCCUAUAUAGACAUUUGUUGAUCAUUAUUCUUAUCACUGCCAUUUUAUAAUAACAUUGACAUUUACAGUUCAAAUUUUAUUUUAUGUGUCAGUUGAAAACAUUAUGUUACUAUGGUUACAGAGAGAUUGUUGGUUGUUUUAUCUUGUUGAGUGUGUUACUUGUCCUAUAUUUUAAGUGUAUAUUACACGUUGUGUAUAAUCGUUCAUAAUUUUCUGUUUCUUUAUUGUGGCUUUAUGGUAAAUUGGUGCUUUGAAACUUUUCAGGAAUUAAAAUUGUAUUUUUACUAAACAUUAUAAAUGUUUCAGGACUGUUUCAGAAAACCAAUUGAUUCGAUUUUUUAAUUAAAAAAACAAAAUAGAUAAUAUUCCUGCUUAAAUUCUAUAUUAUCCUGUAUGGUAACAUCUAUGUGAACAUUCUUGUUUUCUAUUGCCAUAAAGCAUCUAAUAUUGAAGCAGAAAAUGUCUUUAUUGUUUUGUUAUGUAUUUUGUUUAGAUUCUAUUCUUAACUUUCCUGUGAUUUUUGUGUUAAAUCCUGGUGAUGUCAUUCUGAAAAUACAAAAAUUCAACUCAGGAAUUUCUCAUUUUUUUCUUCAUUAUUUUAUAGACUUGUUUCAGAUACAGCAUAUGAAAUAUCAUAGGAAAGUUUUAUUUUUGUUGUAAAUUAUUGGCUGAUUUGUACAGAACUCAUUAUUUAAUAUAAGAUAAAUUAAUUUGUACAAUAUAAAUCCUAGAUCUAAAUAAAUAAGAAUAGUUCAAACCAUUAUAAACAACACUUUUCAAGGUUCUGGUAAACUUUGCAUGAGAGAUGAUAACUUAUUUUUCUAGCAUGAAUGUUUAAUGUAAAUAUUAUCUCUGUAGUAGCCAAUGACAUUGUGAAACAAAGAUCUAUAUAAAAAAGAAGGUCCAAUUAUAUUUCGAGUGUACUGAUAAUGUAUCAAGCAACAGAUACCAAUGAUUCUGUUGUAAGUGUCAAAUUAAAUGAUUCCGUCCAAAAAUAAUCAUUUAAAUCUUUCUUGAAUACAUUCAGGAAAAGUCAGGUGAAAUGCUACUUGAUCAAGAGUUUACUAGUAAAUAAUGAAGAAAGCCAAUACACAUAAAUCUCCUGAAACAACCAUAUCCAGUUUUAUGUUACUGUAACCAAACAACUCCACAAGGCAUUAACUAUGUAGACUUUGGGAUUCUGUGUUUACAUUCUUGUUGUUUUUUCUUGAUAAAUGGGACUUAUUUUGUAUGUUUUGUUUAUUUUUGGAUUUGAUAGAGUUCAUAUACAUAAUUAGAGUAUUUAUUAGAGUAUGACUGUGUUUAAGAGAGUGAUAUAUCAUAAUAAAAACACCAAUAUAUGAUCAGAUCAUCAGAAAAAAAUAAAUAUGUUCAAAAUA